UUUUGUUGACUUGGAAACCGUCGAAGCGUUGUUGUUGAAGAUGGAGGACAGCACAAUCACUGCAUGAACGAGAGCCUUACUUCCUGGAUUAUUCUCUUUUUGCGCUCGGAAUGAGAAACAUCACGCUGCCUGAGGAUGCCAACAGGUGAGAGUGAAGACCGGGCAAAAACUCGGGAAAGAUUCAAUGAAGUGUUCAAGAAAUACACGGAAUCUGAGAAGAAAAAAUUGAAAAAGAAAAGCACUGAAACACAGGAGACUAUUGUGCUUCAGAAUCUCAAAAAAAAUCUCAACCUUGAGAAGGACGCAGAAGAUGCUGAGACCAUCCUCCAGAACACAUAUGACCCAGAACAGGGCAGCCCUCGCUACACCAAGAAUAAAAGGAGGGAGAGAGAAAUAGCAGAGAAGGUUAAUUUUAACAACAAUAGAAACCAAGAGGAGAUUAAAACAUCAAAAUCUAAAAGGAAGAGUGGCCGGGACCUUCCCUCUCUCCCUGUGCCUGAGGACAUCAGAAGUUACAUCCAAGAGAAUGUUGAUGCUUCCAAGUCUGCAAUUACAUUGGACGCAGAUAAUGCUGGUGGUGGAAAGGUUCCAAAGCAUAAAACUAAGAGGGGAAAAAGCAAAGGAGAUACAGAAGCUAAAGAAGAGAGCCAGGUGGAGGACUCAGAAGAUAAACUAUUGCAUGAAUACCAGCAACAGAUAGUACAGGAGGAGCAGAGGACUUCAAAGAAGACAAGGGUCAAGGGAGAAGAAAAGAGUGUUAUUUCCCAAAGUGUUACACUGAAUAAUGAUGUGGGGAAGAAGAAAAAGAAGAAGCUGAGAUCUGUAGUCACAGAGUCAGAUGCAGGGGAUCAAGAUGAAGAUGAAGAUGGAGAUGCGUAUGCCGAUGUGGAAAAUGAAACAGAAUCCAAGGGAAAGAAGAAAAAGAAGAAGAAGCAUGUUGUCAAAGAAGAGAGUGAAGCAGAACCAGAAGUGCCACAGAAACCAGUGUUUGAUGACAGCCUUGUUCUUGGAGUGUACAUCCACAGAACAGACCGCCUCAAGACAGACUUACUGAUUUCACAUCCCAUGGUGAAGAUCCAUGUUGUUGAUGAAAUCACAGGGCAGUAUGCCAAGAAAGAAGACUGCCAUCGCCCCGUUUCCUCGUUUUAUGAGCAGGAAAGCGUUGACCACAUCCUCCCCAUCAUGACCCAGCCUUAUGACUUCAAGAAGAACAAAUCAGUCAUCCCCGAGUGGCAGGAACAGAUCAUCUUCAAUGAACGUUUUGGCUACUUUGUUCAACAUGACGAAGGCCCCAGAGUCAUACUGUUCUUUGAAAUCCUUGAUUUUGUGACUAUGGAAGAAGCAAGAGCCAACAUUGAUGUUGACAAGCACGAGCGAGGUUUCCGAAAGAUUGCCUGGGGAUUUCUUAAGCUUGUUGGCGCAAAUGGCGUGCUGAAUAUUGACAGUAAACUUCGACUCCAGCUCUUUUGCCCCCCACAUCGGGCAAAGAGACAGUCCAAAACAGUUGAGGUGGUUGAAUGGUGGAGGAAGUAUCCAAGAACCAAAUACGCAUCUACCCUUUACAUUACUGUAAAAGGCAUUAAACUCCCUGAGCAUGUGGACCCUAGUAUUCGGUCUAUGAUGGCACUGCAGGAGGAGAGAGGUAGCACCUCCUACAGUGAACUGCAGAACGAGGUCACAAAAAGAAGCUUGACACAACCUCUAGACAGCAAGCCUCCAGUCUUGAGAUGGAAUAGGCUGCCUGGUCAGAUCUGUCGGAUUCCUAACAAGCCCAUGUUGGCAUUUCGCGGCGGUCAGAUGGGCUGUUUCACAGUGCUCUUUUCUCACGCUGGAACCAUACUGGCUGCUGCUUGUGCUGACAAAGAUGCGUUCCCUGUUGUAGUGUAUGAGAUUCCCUCUGGCAAAGUUUUGGCUGCCUUCAAUGGUCAUCUCAAAAUAGUGUAUGAUCUCUGCUGGUCCAGAGAUGAUCGUAGCCUUUUAUCUGCCUCCUCUGAUGGAACUGUCAGAGAGUGGAAUGUAGAGAGGCUUCAAGCAACAGCCCAGAAGGUGCUCCCUCAUCCAUCGUUUGUGUACUGUGCUCGGUACCAUCCCACAGCCCAAAACCUGGUGAUAACUGGGGGCUAUGACAGUCUGAUACGAGUGUGGAGACUUGAUGUAGAUGAUGUGAAUGGCCAGUUGCUGCAGGAGUUUGAGGGUCACAGCAGUUUUGUUAAUGCAGUUUGCUUCGACUCUGAAGGUAGGAGAAUGUUUUCGGGAGACAACACGGGCCUCAUCAUUGUGUGGAAAACCUCAGUAAAUGAUGGCAGGCAGCGGCAGCAGCCAUGUCAUCACUGGUGUAUAGAGAGGAAAAUUGAUGAGAGUGACCUCAGUGGUAUCCCCAUCAACUUGCUGCAGCUCCAUCCGAAUGGGCGGUGCCUGCUCAUACAUGCCAAAGACAGUGUACUGAGGAUGAUGGAUUUGAGAAUUCUGGCUGUAAAGAAGUAUACUGGAGCCAUUAACUACAGAGAGAGGAUUUACAGCACUUUUACACCAUGUGGGAACUUCAUCUUUUCCGGGAGUGAGGAUGGGAUGGCGUAUGUCUGGAAUACUGAUACAGGUGAUCAAGUUGCAGUAUACUCUGAGCUUUGUUAUCCCACUGCUCUCCAUGGCAUGUCAUUUCACCCUCACGAGAACAUGGUAGCUUUCUGUGCCUUUGGUCAGAGCCAGCCUGUCCAUGUGUACCUAUAUGAUCGCAAAGUUUCCCAGCUGGAGGUGCACAGUAUAAAAGCAGCAAGCAGAUCAGCUUCUGCAGACACCAAAACUGUCAGAAACACACCUGAGCCCUUAGCGUUGCAGGACACCUCUGUCUCUGCAGCUGUGGAUCAGUUUGCUCAAGCAACAAGACUUGCUCUAAAAAUGCAGUGUGUGAAGGAACAACUGGACUCAGUUCUGGAACCACGUCAAAGACCUUCUGCUUCUGGAUUCGUUUAUGAUCAAGAUAAAUUAGGCAAUACUCACACAGGUCGGAGCUUCACAUCAGAUGUUGGCACAACAGGAUUAAAUGCACCACUCCCACCUCCAUCUCUCCUGUCACCGCACUCCAGGCUGCAGCUCUCUGGUGCUCUGGCAGAGCAGCUUAUCCCACAGGCAUCUCUGAGCACUCAACACCGUGGGUUUAGUCCUGUUGGUCACCUAAAAGGUGCUUCGUCUUUUAGGCUACAGACGAGUCUCCUUGACCAGAUCUCUUCAGGCAUCCACAUGGAAACAGAUUCUGCCCCCGUUCAGCAAGUAGUCGUUUCUCUUUAUGAUUACAAAGCGAAUCGCUCUGAUGAAUUGACCAUUUGCCGUGGUGAUGUCAUCCAAGUACUGUACAAAGACAACGAGAACUGGUGGUUUGGACGCCUUGAAAAUGGACAGCAGGGAUAUUUUCUUGCUUCUUAUGUAGAAGAUCAGAGAGAUCUCAAUGAAGAGGUGACUCACAUGCCUUUGCCUAAAGGGACUGAUGAGAGGUCAACACCUACCAGGGUAUCUGCUGCAAUUAGUUCUUCUGGGGAACUUAGGUUUCUUUCUGAGCCGACGCUUUCUGACACCGAACCUGAGGUGGCAGAUGCUAGAACUAGAAGAAAAAAGAAGGUGAAAAAGCCAGGAAUGCCUGCAGCUUCGUCUCAGGCCGCGUUUUCAGAUGCAGACGCAUCAGCGUCGAUCAGCAGCAGGAGGAGAGGCCGACCUCUACCAAAGAGGCCGACGGCCCACACAAACAGUGCCUUUGAACCUGAUCCAUAAACUCACGGAAACAAACAGCAACAGUACAUCUGCUUUAUCAUUAUUAUGAUUUCUACUGCAGCUGUGAUGUUUGUUUUUUUUUAACUUUCCUUUUUUUAGCUUUGAAAAGUCACUGUUUGUAUUGCACUUAAUACAGAUUGAAUUGGUAAAAACUGUUUAUAAAAAUAUUUAAAUUGUAUAAUGCUGAUAACUGUAUUUUUUGUACAUUUAAUAUUUUGAAUAACGUACCUAAGUUAGAAAACAGAUCAUAUUGUGAUCUUAUAUAUUUAAUUCUACUUGGUAAUCCUGUAAGAGAUUUUCAAUGUUUAUAUGUUCUU